CCCAUAAGAAUGCCGGAUCUAAGAACGCCAACCUAUAAUUUUUUCCUUUUUUUUUUGUUUUCUUUUUAACUUCACAUAAGUGUUUAUUCCUAAGGUUAGCUAGGAAAUAACAUCUCGAAAUGAAGAAGAGAAAGGAAACUUCCUCCACAGGAAAAAAGGAAAAAACAAAAUAAACAGAUUACCUUGCUUCUAAAAGAAACAAUACAGUUGAGAAAUAUUGAGAGAGAAGGAAAAGAAAAUGGGAGUGGAGAUCAUGGAGCCAAACACAUGCAUAAGGGGAUGCUGCAGCAGCAAUUCAAUCCCUCUUCACCUCCCUCCUUCUUGUUACACUCUCCUCUCCCCAAUUGCCAGAGGGGGAGAGAGUGUUGUAUAUGAAGGAAUUCUUGAUGGGAGAAGAGUUGCUGUAAAGAAACCAAUCUUGUCUACUUCUGAGGAUAUUGAUAAGUUCCAUAAGGAGCUCCAACUCUUAUGCACACUAGACCAUCCAGGAAUAGCUAGGCUGGCUGCGGCUCAUGCAAAGCCUCCGAAUUACAUGUUCUUCUUCGAACUCUAUGAAUCUGGCAAUCUUGCAGGGAAAUUACAUGUGGAAGAAUGGAGUCCAAGUAUUGAUCAGGUGCUCAGGAUCUCUAUUCAACUGGCAAAGGCUUUGCAGUAUCUGCAUAACCAAGGAAUUGUGCAUAGGGAUGUGAAACCAGCAAAUGUUCUUCUUGACAGAAACCUCUGUGCACAUCUAGCAGACUUUGGUUUAGCGGAAUACAGGAAGAAUCUUAAAGGAGUUUCCAUGGAGAAUUGGAGAUCAUCAGGCAAGCCUACUGGUGGUUUCCACAAAAAGAAUAUGGUUGGCACACUCAUUUAUAUGGCACCUGAAAUUUUGAAAAAGGAGAUACAUACUGAGAAAUCAGAUGUCUACAGUUUUGGGAUAUCCAUCAAUGAGCUUCUUACCGGUGUUGUCCCAUAUACGGAUCUUCGUGCAGAAGCUCAGGCACAUACUGUACUGGAGAUGAACUAUACAGAGCAGCAACUUACUGCAGCAGUGGUGUCUGGUAACUUGCGACCUGCUCUCGCUGGUCCUGAAUCAGGGGCAUCAGCAAGCAUGCUCUCAUUAAUACAGAGGUGUUGGGAUGAAAAUCCUCAAAUCAGACCUUCUUUUGAUAAUAUCGUUUUGGAACUCAGUACAGUCUUGGAACACAAACUGAAAACAAUGGGAGAAAAUCAGGCUGGAGGUGAAUCUACAAUCUUACAAGAUCAGCUCAGUGAUGGUGCCAAUAAGGUUCAAAUAUUCCGUGAGAGCAUUAACUGGUCCACGCAGGGAGAAGAACUAUCAAAGAAAGUUUCUUUAGCAGUUAAUCUGGGUUUGAGAAAUUGGCUUGAUUCGUCAAAUGAUCCCCUGGCUUAUCAUCCAGUACUUUCUUGGGGAUCCUUUGCUACAUGCGGGAAAAGGGAAACUAUGGAGGAUAGGCACUUCCUUAUGCCCCACAUGUGUGAUGAAAAGGAUAUCCAUGUUUUUGGCAUCUUUGAUGGUCAUAGAGGUGCAGCAGCUGCUGAGUUUUCAGCUCAAGCUAUGCCAGGAUUUCUGCGAAGUUUAGCUUUUGUAACAAGUCCCAAGAGUGCAUUAUUUGAAGUAUUCAUUAGUACAGAUCUUGCAUUUCGAAAUGAACUGGAUUCUCAUCGUAAAUCAAGGGUUAUUCAGAAAGACUGGCAUCCUGGUUGCACUGCUAUUGCUGCAUUAAUAGUUCGAGACAAACUUUUUAUUGCCAAUGCUGGCGAUUGCAGGUCAAUUUUAUGUAGAUCUGGCCGUGCCUUUUCUCUGAGUAAGGAUCACAUUGCAAGCUGUCUUGAGGAGAGGGAGCGUGUUGUUAGCGCAGGGGGACUAGUGAAAUGGCAAGUCGAUACUUGGAGGGUUGGUCCUGCUGCACUCCAGGUCACUCGCUCCAUUGGUGAUGAUGAUCUGAAGCCUGCUGUUACUGCAGAACCUGAGAUAACUGAAACUACUCUGUCAUCAGAGGAUGAAUUUUUGGUGAUGGCUAGCGAUGGACUGUGGGAUGUUGUGAGCAAUGAAGAGGUAGUAGACAUAAUCAGGGACACUGUGAAAGAACCUGGAAUGUGCUCCAAGAGAUUGGCAACAGAAGCUGCAGAGAGAGGCAGCAAAGAUAACAUCACAGUCAUUGUUGUCUUCUUACGCCCUGUGUCUACGGCGGAGAGAAUUUACUAGAUCAAGAGCUCAUGCAAGUAAGUCAUUAUGAAUUGUAGAUUUAUGGGGAGUCUGAAACUUUCAGUAUGAUAUGGAAAACUGUGCCAUUGAUUCACUCAUUCUUCAGUAAUUCAUGUAAUCUUCAUCUAAUUAUUUCCAUGAUUAUUGGUUUUAUGCAUUCAUACUUCACACUUGAAUGCCCUUCUGUAAUAUUAUAUUUCAGAUUCUAUACUUGAAGAAUUUUCAAGUAGAUAUUAGUAAAUUUGUAAUUGUCAUUCA